AUGUCGACCACCGCCCGUAAGAGGCUCAUGCGUGAUUUCAAGCGUAUCCAGCAGGACCCGACCGGGGGAGUCUCCGCUUCGCCCGUGCCUGAGGAUAUUCUCAUGUGGAACGCCGUCAUUAUUGGGCCCGACGACACGCCGUUCGAGGACGGCACCUUCCGAUUGAUUCUGAAAUUCGACGAGAGCUAUCCCACGAAGCCGCCUGUCGUGCGCUUCCUGUCCGAGAUGUUCCAUCCCAACGUGUAUCCGUCGGGCGAGCUUUGCCUGGACAUUCUCCAGAACCGCUGGAGUCCGACGUUUGACGUCUCGGCGAUCCUGACCUCGAUCCAGAGUCUACUGAACGACCCCAAUACCGCAUCGCCUGCCAAUGUUGAGGCAGCUAAUAUGUUCCGUGACCACCGCAGUCAGUACAGUAAAAGAGUGCGGGAAACCGUCGAAAAGAGCUGGCUCUAA